AUGGCGUCAUCAUCAAAAUUCUCAUCAUCUUUAUUUAGCCUACUACUCUUACUUUUCCUACUGAUCUCUCAAACGCAAUCGAUCCCAUCUCCUUCCGACAUAGCAACAAAUACAUCACCAAACGAAAGCACAUCUGUUCUCGAAAAGAAACGUCAAUUCUACGAAGAAGUAACAACAGCUGAGCCAGUCAUCGAAGAAACCAUCGAGGAAACACCAGACACGUUUGUAGAGGAAAUUGUCGAAGAACCAACCGUCAUCGUCGAAGAUGAAUACGUCGCACCUGUGUAUGAGGAAGAGAUAGUCGCUGAAGAUGAUUUUUUAUCACCUGCUUCGUAUUAUCCGAUAUCAAAUAUCUAUCCAGCCCCGUAUUUCUAUGAUGAAUAUUACUAUGGUGGGUAUCCUUUCAUUGAGGAAGAAGAAGAAGAAUACUAUCCCCUUUCUUAUCGUAGCUGUCAUCCCCCGCCUCCUUCACAUCAUUGUCAUCAUAAACGUCAAUACGGACAUCAUGAGUAUCCUCAUUGGCGUCACGAGUACUAA